AUGGCCGGUGUCUCCGCUCCUCUUGAUCGCCAAGGCUUCGAAACCGCACUCAUUUGCGCUCUACCUCUAGAAGCCAGCUGUGUACAAGCAGUGUUUGAUGAAUUCUGGAAAGAUUACGGGAAGGCACCUGGGGAUCCCAAUACCUACACGACAGGCGCAAUCGGAAAACGCCAUGUAGUGCUAGCCUACAUGCCAAAUAUGGGGACAACCAGCGCCGCUGCAGUGGCAGUGGGCCUGCGAUUGAGCUUUCCAAAAAUCAAGUUGGCUCUAGUGGUCGGUAUAUGUGGGGGUGUGCCACACGGGACCGACGGUGAAGAGAUUGUGCUCGGCGAUGUCAUCAUCAGUCAAGGACUCAUACAGUAUGACUUUGGCGGGCAAUACCCGGAAGCAUUUAAACGCAAAAACACCAUACGAGACAGCCUAGGGAGGCCUCCCCCAGAAAUUCGAGCUAUCCAGGCCAAGCUGGAAACAUAUCACUAUGUGCAGAAGAUGCAGAGCAAUAUCGCCAUGUUCCUCGACGAGAUACUACCGAAGUUGCCCAACACGAAGCAUCCAGGUCGAGAGAAUGAUGUACUCUACCGGCCCUCCUAUGUUCACAAACACCGCGCACCCGUGGCAUGCGAUGAGUGUCGUGAAGGUGACCGGAUAUGUGAUGUAGCCCUUAAAAUGGAGUGUGAAGAUCUGGGGUGUGGGACUGUCAUGCGUGUGACUCGAAAACGCUUGAUGGAUACGCCGACGGGAGGACCGAGAAUUCACUUUGGCAUAAUGGGUUCGGCGAACACAGUAGUGAAAUCAGGAGCACACCGUGAUCAGAUUGCCAAAGCCGAUGGUAUCAUUGCUUUUGAGAUGGAAGGAGCAGGAGUUUGGGACUAUUUCCCUAGCAUCGUCAUCAAGGGCGUUUGUGACUAUGCUGACAGCCAUAAAAGGAAAGGGUGGCAGCGAUAUGCGGCGGCAACGGCAGCAGCAUGCAUGAAGGCUUUUUUAGGAGAGUGGAGUUCGAACGACGCACCCACUGGUUCAGUUGAUGUGGCAAGGGCUAGGACGUAUUUUCUUGCCCCGAGACGGCGUGUGAAGGAUUUCUUCGGUCGUGGGGAAGAGCUUGAUAAGAUCAGCUCUUACUUUAAUGAUGAAGUUGAACGGCCACGAAUCCUGGUUCUUCAUGCGCUGGGAGGGCAGGGUAAGAGUCAAAUUGCCCUUGAAUACUGUCAGAAAUUGCGCAAAACAUACCAAGGUGUUUUUUGGAUCAACAGCAGCACCAAAUCCACUACUGUCCAAUCCUUCGCCACUAUCGCGCAUGAACUCGAUAGUUCGAUGGCAGAAGUGUCCAACGACGACGACGCAAAAGUAAAGUUCGUCUUGCGCAUGCUCGAACAGUGGGAAGAUCGUUGGUUAGUGGUGUUUGACAAUUAUGAUGAUCCUGCAUCUUUCUCAGAUGUUGAGCAGUUUAUCCCUCAAGAGGCCCUAACUUUCCAAGGAAGAAAAGGAGAUAUUCUCUUUACCAGUCGCCAUCGAGGUCUGGAGGAACUGGGCACUAUCCUCGACAUCCCGCCUAUGCAAGAAGAUGCAGGAGUUGCACUUCUCCUGCAUCGAUAUUCCAGUAUCAAUGUUGACGAUUACAUGUCAGAAGGCUCUAAAAUUGUGGAUCGAUUGGGCGGCCUGGCCUUAGCUAUUGAUCAAGCGUCGGCCUAUAUGAAGCACAAGCGGUUACCAAUCGACAAAUUGGGCGACUUCCUGUCACAGUAUGAGGCCCAGCGCAAGAAAGUCCUUCAGCACACUGCAGACCAUUUCUGGAAAUAUACGAGGAUCAGCGACCAAAAUGAACGAGAGACCGCCAUCAACGCUUUUACUACGUGGGAGAUGACGUUUCAACAGCUUCAAAAUGGCCGAGAUUCAGGAGGCGCUGUUACUCAUUUUCUGACUCUUACUGCUUUCCUCGCCCCCAUUCGUGUUAGUGAAUCUCUGUUCAAGCAUCACUGGGAAUCCAGCAAACCUCCACCUGACUGGCUCAAGAUCUUUGUCACAUCAUCCGAUGUCGACGAAGAAGGUCCCUCAAGCAACGCAGAGGAGGAUGCGAACGGCCAAGAGCACUUAACACCUGAAGCCACUGACAAUGCUGGUACAGAAAGCUCGAAUGAGACUUGGGAUACCGAGCUCUUUUGGGAUCAUAUCUGCCUGGCGUACCAGAUGUCGCUUCUACAAAGUAUAUCACCGGCGGAGGGACCUGAGGGAGCAGCCUUUCUGCUACAUCCCCUUAUCCGUGACUGGCUACAGCUUCGUGAGCACUCCAAAGAGCGUCAAGUUUAUACACAUGAAGCUAUAGACUUGAUAGUCAGUUCUAUUCAAACUUACAAUACCCGAGACAGCGAUGUCAUGAUCAAACAGUCGAUUCUCUUGCACAUGGAUGCCCUACUCUUGGCUGUGAAAGAAUACUUGAAGGAUGGACAUCGCCUGGGCCAAGAUAUUAAGAGUUGUGGCAAUGCCGGUUGGUUUGCAUCGUUCUAUCGCGACCAUGGCCGGUUCGAUACAAGUUUGUAUCUCUUUCGUACGGAGAUGGAAACAAGAGUACGGGUGCUAGGCAAGGAGCAUCCUGAUACACUGAUGAGUGUGAACAACCUCGCCUUAGUGCUGAGCCAUCAAGGCAAAUAUCCCGAGGCAGAGCAGAUGCAUCGGGAAGCAUUGCAAGUGACGGAGAGGGUGCUGGGCUACGAGCGUCCUUCUACACUGAGGAGCAUGAACAACCUCGCCGGUGUGCUGAGCCAUCAGGGCAAAUAUCCCGAGGCAGAGCAGAUGCAUCGGGAAGUAUUGCAAGUGACGGAGAGGGUGCUAGGCAAGAAGCAUCCUGAUACACUGACAAGCAAAUAUCCCGAGGCAGAGCAGAUGCAUCGGGAAGUAUUGCAAGUGAGGAAGAGGGUGCUAGGCAAGGAGCAUCCUGGUACACUGACGAGUAUGAACAACCUCGCUGGUGUGCUGAGCCAUCAAGGCAAAUAUCCCGAGGCAGAGCAGAUGCAUCGGGAAACAUUGCAAGUGACGGAGAGGGUGCUAAGCAAGAAGCAUCCUGAUACACUGACGAGUAUGAACAACCUCGCCUUUGUGCUGAGCCAUCAAGGCAAGUAUCCCGAGGCAGAGAGCCUUCAGGUCCAAGUCUUUAAAGCCUCUCUCGAGAUCCUUAGGCCGCAACAUCCCCAUGUAACUAUAUACUGCCGGGGGCUUCUGUCUAUUUGGGAAUCCCAAGGCCGUGAAGAUACUGAGAUCGAAACUAUGUUGAGAGAUAUUUUAGGAAACCAUGACUAG